AUGAUGAAGACAGACGGCGCCGGGGGCGCCGGCGCCGCCAGUAUCCCGAUUGUCCCGCUCCUCCUCUGCUUUGUUCUCUUCUUCGUUGCUCCGGCACCCGUUCUUUCGGAGAUCCGUUCAUCCGAAAUCCGCAACGAUGCCCGACUCAUUGUCCCAUUCGGCGAGUUCGGGUUCACUCCCCGUGGUCGCCUCCAGCUGAAUGUCUCCGGCAUAUCUUUCUCCCCUUCGCCGCCGACCAACCUCGAUCUCUCCAAAGUGGGUUUCUUCCUCUGCACCCGCGACGGAUGGGUCCGGGUCAUACAACAAAUCGAGGACUCCGAGAUCACAUGUAUCCUCAACUCCGACGCCGUCAUUCCCAUCUUCACCUUCCAAGACGGCGUCGUCCCGUCCUUCACCAAAGACUACAACGUCACCGACCCCGAUCGGUACACUCUCGCCUUUGCCAAUUGCCUCCCGGAAAAGCUCAAAGUUUCCAUGGACGUCAUCUCUUCCAUGUACAAUCUCGAGAAAUCCAGCUCCGGCGACAGCAUUACCCUUACCCGGGAUUACCUCUCCGCCGGUAAAACCGUACUCCCUAGGGUUUACUUCCUUUUCUCUAUAGCCUAUUUCGGAUUAGCGGGUUUAUGGGUUUACGUUCUGUACAAAAAGAGAGUAUCGUUUUAUGCAAUUCAUUUGUUCAUGCUGGCUGUGGUAAUUCUGAAAGCGUUCAACUUGCUGUGUGAAGCUGAGGACAAGUCUUACAUAAAAAGAACGGGAACUCCACAUGGAUGGGAUGUUUUGUUCUACAUUUUCAGCUUCUUUAAAGGGAUCACCUUGUUCACCUUGAUUGUCUUGAUAGGGACAGGGUGGUCUUUCUUGAAACCUUAUUUGCAGGACAAAGAAAAGAAGGUUCUAAUGGUGGUGAUCCCGCUUCAGGUGGUGGCGAAUGUAGCGCAGGUUGUGAUCGAUGAGACUGGCCCAUCCGGGGAAGAUUGGAUGGCUUGGAAACAGGUUUUUUUGUUGGUGGAUGUGGUUUGCUGUUGUACGGUUUUGUUCCCAAUUGUUUGGUCCAUUAAGAAUUUGAGGGAGGCAGCACGGACAGAUGGGAAGGCAGCCGUGAAUUUGAUGAAGUUGACGUUGUUUAGGCAGUAUUAUGUUGUGGUCAUUUGCUAUAUUUACUUCACAAGGGUUGUAGUUUUCGCAUUAGAAACCAUUACUUCCUAUAGGUAUGUUUGGACAAGUGUGGUGGCAGGAGAAUUGGCGACCCUUGCGUUUUAUGUUUUCACGGGGUAUAAAUUUAGGCCUGAGGCUCACAAUCCGUAUUUCGUGGUGGAUGAUGAAGAAGAGGAGGCAGCAGCUGAGCAGUUGAAGCUUGAAGAUGAGUUCGAAUUGUGA